AUGUCGGCGAAAGAUUAUUACAAUGGAACUUCUGGCGGUGCCGGAGGGGGAGCUUACAAGCCACCUGCAGGCCCCCCACCCGGUCAGGGUGGCGGCUACCCCAUGGGCGGUGCGCCUGGUGGCGGGUACCCUCCGCAGGGUGGAUACCCUCCGCAAGGAGGCUACUACCCACCGCCCCCGCAGCAGGCGUACGGUGGCAUGCCGCCAGGCGGUGGUGGCUACUAUGGCAAUGCGCCUCCUCAACCAGUGUAUAUCCAGCGUCCGCAACAAGGCGGUGGUGAUGCAGCACAGGGCUGCUGUGCCUGCCUGGCCGCGAUGCUCGCCUGCUGCUGUCUCGAAGAGCUCUGCAUGGCCUUUUUGUACUAG